GGAACUCUCAAAUCUAUCAAGAUGAUGUUCAAGAAUUACACUCUCGUCCUCGUUUCAGCCGCUCUCUCUUUCGCGUCAGCUUCAGUCCUACCUAGGGCGGCAUGCUGGACUGGCGAGAUUCACUACCCAUGCAACAACGCCACUACGGGUUGCACUCCGGAUGGAAUCAUGGUUAAAUGCCAAGCUGACAGUGGCGCGAUGAUCUUCGACUCUAUGUGCGGAGGACCGACCGGACAGGGCUCAUGUACCUAUGACGCAGCAUGCAACGCAUACUGCGCUUAGAGCAAGAGAGCACUUUAUAGAGUGACGUUUUGGGCAUCUAAGUGCGCUUUGUGAUGCUAUACUGAUGGCAUCUUGGUCGGAUUCGGGUUUUAAUUCAUGUAACUUCUUCAUCUUUACUUCUCAGUAAUAUGGAUAUAACGAUGCCC